CUGAAGUUUCGGAGUUUUGCUUGCCGUCAUCUGUCAGUACAUCGGUUCUGUCCCACUUCAGCCUCGUCUUCGGAAGAUGAAUGGGAGGAGAUGGAGCUUGUCGAAGACGUUGAAGUAACGGUCGAAGGCUCGGAUGAAAGGAAUUUCGAAUCACUAUGGCUGCGACGUGAAGUGAAUAGAUGCGUUAGAGAGAAUUGGGAAAAUUGCCAUAGGGUUAAUAUUCUUUGCUACAUUGCCCAUCUUCAGUAUCUGAGGAAGGACGUACUAGAAAAUAAUUCUGUGUCUGCAUUAAUGUUAAGCACGGUUGGUGAAAUUUCAGCUUUUUCUGUUGGUGAAGCUUUUUCAUACUUUUGCCAAAUUCGUUUUCUGUUUGAGAAAUUGGAGAAAGAAAAGUUUUUGAAGGCCUGUGAUAAGCCGGACUGCCAAUACACCAUUGAAGAGAUGGUUUCACUGAAAGUAUACAACAAAGACGUAGAUCGGGCUGUUUUACUGUUCGGUCUUUUUCUGUCUCUGGGCUGUACCACACGCAUUUGUGUCAACACGCAGCCAAUUCCGAGAAAGUGGGAUGAGAAUAUCGAGAAAAUGAGGAAGGGUUUUUCGUCGCCCUCCAUCGUAGCGGAGGCGGAUCAAAAGAGUAAAGGCGCAUCGAAGAAGAAGAACUCGAGUGGAGCUGAUUAUCAAAAAAUGACGCGAAAUUAUUGGGUUGAGUUCUGGGACAAGAAACAGAAGCGAUGGAUAUGUGUUGAUCCACUUCGCGCAGCUGUCGAUGAACCAAAUGCUAUCGAGGAGAAUGCCACGAAGCCGAUCGUUUACGUUUUAGCUAUUGAUAAUGAAGGUGGUGUGCGUGACGUUACCGCUCGGUAUGCAGCCGACUAUUCCCGCCCGGAUUUCCGCCGCCGUCGGACUGAUCCAGAUUGGAUUGAUCGCACCUUGAGAAAGAAGGUAAAGUUUCCGCCGCCAGCCAGAUUGGAAGAUAACCAUUUCAAAAAAGAGCUUGUCAAGAAACCGCUACCAACUACUCUUUCGGAAUAUAAAAAUCACCCUUUAUAUGUUCUGGAGAAGGAUCUUUUGAAGUUUGAAGCAAUAUACCCAAGGCCAGAAGAUCAGAAACCCCUGGGAGAAGUUCGUGGUCAUAAAGUUUAUCCUCGAUCCUGCGUUCACACCCUUCAGGGUGCUAAUAAUUGGAUCAAACAGGCUAGAAGUGUAAAGGAAGGAGAGAAGCCUUAUAAAGUGGUCAAGGCCAGGCCGAACAUUCGUGUUCCGGCUGAAGAACGUGAGCAGCGAUAUUUGGACGUCUAUGGCUAUUGGCAAACUGAGCCGUAUCGACCACCCAAAGUGAAAGAUGGUCAAAUACCUUGCAAUGAAUUCGGCAACGUGUACAUGUUUCAACCGUCUAUGUGUCCCAUUGGGGCAGUUCAUUUACGUCUCUCUGGAUUGCCAUCUAUCGCUCGCCGUUUGGGAGGACUGCCAUGCGUUCCAGCUGUCGUUGGAUUUGAUUUCAGUUCCGGCGGAUCGUUUCCAGUGAUAGACGGUGCUGUUGUUCUGAAAGAAGAUGCCAACAAGUUCGUAAAGGAGUGGGAAAGACUUGAAGCAACAAGAGAAGAGCGUGAAAAUAAGCGACGAGAGGAACGAGUGCUUGGAAAUUGGCGAAAGUUGAUCCGUGGGAUACUUCGCCUUCAUUACGUUCGAACCAAGUUUGGAGCUGUAAAGGAAAAAGUUGGUUGUAUUACUUUGGAUCGAGAAUAG